AUGAAAGUUAGCCAGCUCUAUGUCUAUCCGAUCAAGUCUCUUCGGCCAACCAGUCUUCAAGAAGGCAUUCUCACAAGUCUGGGAUUGCAAUAUGACCGCCAUUUCAUGCUUCUCAAAGUCAUCCCAUCGGAAGAAGGCACCACCUUAAAGAAUAUGCAUGUCCCGCACUUCCCAGAGAUGGCUCUCUUCCACACCGAUAUCGAGUACCCCGCACCAAACCGCGAUGGGAAAGUCAUCGUCACCUAUCGUCCACCAGACGCCGAGUCUGCGCGUCUGGAGAUUCCUCUUGAGCCCAGCACGAAGAGUCUUAAUCCGCUCAAGAUCACUAUGCACCAGAGCCCAACAACCGGAUACGAUAUGGGUGCCGAGUACAGUGACUGGUUCAGCAAGUGUUUCGGAUACCCGGUUGUGCUAGCAUAUCUGGGGCCGCACACGCGAGAGGUCUUGGGCACACUUGCGCCCGCAAAAGGCAAAAAGUCCAGCAUACAGGCCUUAAUCCGCGGUAGACGGGAAUUGGGGAUCUUGGCUCUAUUGGCUGUGGCAGUUACUGUGUUGAACAGCUACCGGCUUCUCCGAGCGGAAGUCGUCGGCAGUCUACUUAUAGCAAGCGCGCUUGCUUUCGGGGGCUACAAUUACUUCCGGCCCGAAGACCGGAUUACUUUUGCCGAUUGCGCGCCUUACCUGGUUAUUUCCGAGACAUCAGUGAAUGAUGUCUCAGCCCGGUUGGAGGGCGAGGAGAUGGACCGGACUAAAUUUCGGCCCAAUAUUGUCGUUUCGGGCGCUGGGGAGGCGUUCGAGGAGGAUUAUUGGUGUGCUUUGAAAAUUGGACAGGCGAGGCUUUUGCUCACGGGGAACUGUGCGUCGCUGAGCCCCGCUGCGGGUAAGUUGCCGCAGGGGGAAAAAAGACGAUCGCAAAUCGUUCCCCAACCAUCUGCCACAAUCGCCAUGGACUCAGCCCAUCUGCGUCGCAAGGACACCACCAAGGGGCCGCCCCUGCGGAUCCUCUCACUAGAUGGCGGUGGUGUUCGCGGUUACUCCAUGCUCAUUCUCCUACAGGAACUCAUGUACCGCACUUAUGUCGAAUGUGAAGGAAAGCCUCCGCGCCGCGACCAAAUCCCGAAACCAUGCGACCACUUCGAUUUGAUCGUGGGUACCGGCACCGGCGGGUUGAUCGCUCUCAUGCUCGGUCGCCUUCGCCUCGAUCUUGAGACCUGCAAAGAGGUGUAUGUGCGAAUGACCCGCCGUGUCUUCGAAACAGAUAAGACUAUCGCUGGGAUACCGUAUCGAUCGACUUUGUUCAAGGCUUCUAAGCUCGAAGAGGCGAUUCGCGAGUGUGUGCGGGAACAUACAGUUUUCGAGGCGGAGGGCAAUGAUUCUACGAACAAUUCGAACCCCCGCGACUCUAUUGCCAGUCUUCCUUAUAGCCCAAACUCGGUUCCGCAACGAUCUAUCAGCCGUGGCAGCUUCAGUACCGCUGCUGCUUCGCACCCGAUGACUCCGUCAAGUCAGCGAGGGUCUGCUUUUAUCAACGGCUUGCGCUGGGGGAAUCCCGAUGCGCUACUCUAUGACAAUCGCGAGCACCGCACCAAGACUGCUGUCACCGCUCUCUAUAAAGGAACCCCGCGCAAGGGUUCAUCCGUGCUUUUGCGAUCCUAUGAUUCCCGCCGAGAACCCCCACCUGAAUUUGAUUGUACCGUUUGGCAAGCAGGACGUGCAACCUCGGCGACAGGACUUGCUUUCAAACCUAUCCAGAUUGGCCAACAUGUCUUUAUUGAUGAAGGCCCUGGUACCUACAACCCUGCGCCGCAGGUUCUCGAUGAAGCGGUUGUGAACGAGUGGCCAGGCCGGGAAGUUGGUGUGUUCAUUAGUGUUGGAACCGGAAAGCGGCCCGCUGGAACCAACAACCGGCAACACGAAUGGUGGGAAGACUUCUUCGGCGACGCGUUAGGCACAUUUGCCGAGGCGCGACGUCGACUCAUCACCAAGAUUGAAGGCUGCGAAGAUAUCCACCAUCAGAUGCUUCGAGACAACCUGGCCAAACGCAACGUCAGCAAGGACAACUAUUUCCGUCUGAAUGUGGAAGUCGGAGUUGGUGAAUUCGGCAUGAACGAAUGGAAUCGACUAGCCGAUAUCAGCACCAACACGAGGCAAUAUCUUGCGAAGCCUGAGGUCAAGAAGAUGAUCACCGAGGCCGGUGUUCGCUUCGCCAAGAUUGAGCGCAUGAACCGACGUCUCGCUAUCCAUGCUGCAGCCGGUGGAGAGCGUGACGAUCUCUCUUUUGAUCUUGAAAGAGAAGAACUCACCCUUCCCCCCACCGAACAGUCCUAUAUCCCACCUCCCCAAAACUUUGCCGUCGAGCUGCCCGCAGAGCUACCCGGAGACCCGAUCGACUUCGCACACCACCCACAACCUCCGGUUCCGACCAGUGUUACCGUCUCUCCCCCGGAAGAUUCACUGCCCGCCCACGCAUCCCCAAUGGAUCCCCCACCCACUUCUCCAACCUGGCAAUCAGGAAGCGACUACCGUCGAAGCUACGAACACAUGCACCCCGGGAGAUCCCAGGUACCAGCUUCCCCACACCGUAGCUACGACGAUUUCGCAACCUUCAACGGGCCUCCUCCCCGCCCUCCCAAAACUCCAAUGCCUUCAUCCCAGGCUCCGAUGUCUCCUCAGGUUCCAAUUGCCCCGCAAUCUCCGACCUACCAAGGUUCGACCCCCUACCCAACGGACGACAUGGCGAUGUCCGCCAUGCCCCGACCACUCUCUGUCCAGAAGAGGGAUAGUGGCAAUCCUCCACUUCCGUACCCAGAUGAGCCGCCAGUGGUUAACAGGCGGCGCAAGCCGAGUUUCCACAUUUCGGGCUAG